ACACAUAACAGAACUGGAUUGUAAAGAACAGUUUACACCCCAGUUUCCAACCUCCCAGAAAUCCUCACUAUACAAACAUAGCACAGUGCUGCAUCUGGCAUGUCAGCAGGUUGGAGAUACCCAGCUGGGUCAGGUUACCAAGGACAUUUGUUACUGUAUAAUGUCUAUUGUCAUGCAGACACUUGACUGCUUGGCCUGCAUCAGAAUGAGCCCCAUCUUUGCCAGGCUCAGCAGAGAGAACAAAGACAGAAUGGGAUCAAAAGACUGAUUUAGCCUGGUGUGGGAUUAGCUGGAGGGGUUACAGGAUAUGUGAAGGGUUGAUGGGGCAGCCCAUGGAAGCUUGCACUACCACUAAUCCUGCAAUACCUAAGAGGAGAAUUCUCAAAUACACUAAAGCUCAUUUCCAUAAGCAAACAGAAUUAAACAUUGUGCUUUGCUUGAGUAAAUAUAACUUUGUUCUCAGGCUGGCAGAUUAUUCUAGGAUAUUAGAGACACACUGUCAACUUAAUCUAGUCAGUGUUUGCACUGGUUCCUCAGCCCCCUUAUGUCAGUUUGUGUGGUUUUAUACACGUUUUUUGUGUGUUCCUCACUCCUGUGUACAACCCAUAUGAACAAGGGAAAACGACCAUCCACAAAAUCAAAUAAAAUAUUUCUGAUCAUUCAGUUCUAGAAUCUUUAAUAUUUAAAUGAGGCUAGAAAAAAUAAUUCAGGUAUAACUGAUCUGAGUUAUUGGUGUUUUCUAGUAUUCAUUGUUUUCUGUUCUUUAGCAAGCUUGUACUGUUAGAGUUAAUUUAAUGUUCCUUCUCAAAUCACCGCAAAAGUGAUCUGCAAUUGCUAAAAAUGAAGCUCCCUUGCUAUCUUUCCAAAAAUAAUCCUUCCCCAAGAAUGAAAACUACUGAUGUUUCAAAUAUUGUGCAACAAUAUAAGUAAACGUAAGCAAUAAACUCACUCAAAUUCUACAGUACUGUUACCUCUAAUGUCAAUUGUACUGUGUAACUAAAAACAGUACAACAGUAAAGAGUCACAUGUAUAUAUUGCCAGGUACAAAACCAGACUUCCUAUAAUAUUAAACUUCUCUAAAAUGUACUCAAGUGAUUUUGUACAAAAGUAGCAGCUGCUUACCUAGAUCUGCUCCCACCUGUUUGUGAAUCAUCUUCUUUACCAACCAAAAUAAUGGUUAGGCCAUAGGUACUAAGACCACUGCCUUCUGUGAUGACCCAUAUAAGCUCAUUGGUUCUUUGUACUGUCUAUCUGUAUCCACCUCUUGUGUCUUGUACUUAAAUUGUAAGUUCUCUCUGCGGCAGGGGCUGUCUUUCUGUUGUGUGAGUACCUUAGCACAAUGUGGACAGCUCAUAGGCAUUGUGUUAGCACUGAGGAGCCAAGGUAGCUGUGCUGCUUUAUGUAUCAGCAACUCCAGUCAGCUAGAGGUUGACGGUAGAGUCUUAGUUGCCCAUGAGGCAAGUGAGAGAAAACAGCUACCUUGUCAGAGCCCAGCUGCUUUUUGUGGCACUGGUAUUUGCAAAGUGACUGAGUACAUGGUCCCAUCCCCCAAGAUUUCCCCAAAAUAUAGCAACAUCUUUACAUAUUUGUCUUGUUCUCUUGACACCUAGAAGUACCAAAAAGCCACCUUAACAAAAUAACAGUGAAAAUGAAUAAAAUGUUAAUGUUCACGUUGCUGGGAAAAAGUCAUGUUCUAUGCUGACUGAAACAGACAUCUGAAUAUGAAAGGGCAAGAAAAGCCGACCCCUAGAGGAGAAGGAGGCAGGUAUGAAUGCUCCAUCACACCCCAGGAAAGUGCUUCCUCCAGUGGAGAGAGGGAAUAGGUCUGAGAAGGAUAGAGAGCCCAGGAUAAAACUGAUCUCUCAAAGUGGGAAGAUGGGAGACUUAUGCUGUUACUGAUAUUUUAGCAUCUAUAUUAACAAACUUAUGAUUCAGACACCAGCAAGGAUACAGGUAAGAUCAGAGAAAGUCAGCACUUGUGCCAAAUCAAAUCAAUCUUCAGUGGCUGAACUAGAUCCCUUCAUUGCUAACCUGGAGCUCCUACCCAAUGAACAACUUCCCACUGCCAUCUGCCUGGGUUGGUUAAUUAGCUAACACGAGGCACUUGCACGUGAGUCACCAACAGCAGAAUGUAUGCAUCACCACCCGACACUUCAGGCUUUAAAAUCUAAAGGAGAAAAGAACCGCCCCCUCCUUCCAUCUGUAGAGCUCACCAAUUCAGUGAGCCAAUCAGAAAUCACCGUGGUUAGAGCUUUAUAGGGAGAAUCCAAGUUUUCUCAAGCGGUGUUACAAAACAAGAGGUCAUGUUGCUGAAUCUCCUGAAAUCAAUUUAAAUGCUCCCCAGGAAUCUUGCCUUCUCCUCGGACAGAGCAUGGGUUGAUGCUUCACUACUCUCCACAUACCUACUUCCUGCAAUCUUGGCAAUUACCAAUAGUGCAAAACCCAGUUUCUGACGUGGCUGACUCAGCAAGGGCUUGGCUCAAAACAAACACAUACGCACAAGGAAUCAGAGCCUGGGAAGCAGUGACAAGAGGCAGAUGACGAGAGGUGGAAGAGAGCAGAAGAGAAAGAGGCACUAGGAUUUACCGGCUGUUUCCAAACCAGCAGAAUCUUGCCAAGAGGUGCUGAUCACGACACAAAAACAUCUACGGUGGUGGUCUUGGUUCUGGUUUCUGAAUUCAGCCAUCUCCCUUCUGCCUGCAAAACUAAGCUGCUGCUCUGCCUCAGAGUUGUGGCUCUUUGCUGAACUCAAGACUGGAGUCCAGUAGCCUCCUACACAGUGCAGUAAACAACUCCCUUCCUUUUGCUGCCUAGCAUGGAUACUUGGCGGAGAGGAUCCAUCAAAUCCACAACGUUCUUCAAGCGUCUUUCGUUCAGGAGGCAUAAAAAGCUGGGUAAUCAAGUCAUCAUCUUGAAUCAGAACAGCCAGACACUUGAGAACAGUGGACAGUACAAGAGGGAACCACUAAGAGACCUGAAGGAUAAAUCAGAGUACCUGUUAUGUAAAAGUGAGCAAAACCUAGCCCAAGCUCAGGCACCUCCAAAGCCACCCCGACUGUAUCUAGACAGUUCCAGCUGCCCCAACAUAAUUGACCACACGGAGUCUCACUCUACAGCCAUUUCCUUUUCCAGUGCUACUCCUCAGUACCAUAAAGCCACGCAAACACACGUGACUAACUCCCACACAGACCAGGCUACGGACUGGGGGACCUCUGAAACUGGCUCUGACCUCUUUCUUUCCUUCAAAGUGGACUUGGGGCUAUCACUCCUGGAAGAUGUUCUGCAGACUCUCAGGAAACAGAAUCCAAGAGAUUAUGCAGCUUGAAAGGGUUUACCAAUUAAUUUAUUAAGUUAAUUAUCAGCAUUUGGUAGUUUCCUUACCCCUCACAAGAGAAGAGGAGAUACUGGCGUAUCCCUACCCUGGAGUGCCUGUCUUAUUGUCCUGUCUUACCCACCGUAAGCCAUUUGUGUCUAUUCUCAGAGCACCCUUCCCACUGAGCUGUCAGUGCACCAAUAUGAGAGAGCCACACACUGGACUCCAGUCUAAUGCACUUCCAUUUUCUACAAUGGACAGGGAAAUUCCUCUCCAUUGCUGACACUGUACCUCAUCUUGGGGAAAGAAAGGCCACAUUCUGUACAGAGACCUGUUAUUUUUGGAACCCCGCUGGGACUAUAAAAGGCAUGAGGAGAGCAAGGGGCAUACAAAAAGGAUUCCUGGGUAACUGGACAGUUUGGAGGAGAUGGCAGCUCCUGUAUUUCAAAGCCAAGUGAAGCAAAGACAAUCGAGAUAAUGAUUCAGGAUGUUCCUUUUCCAGUGCAUUUUUGUAUCUCCCCUCCCAACUCUGUGUGAUGGGCAGCAUUCCCAUCAACCUUGUAACUGGAAAAAGGUAAGCAGACAAAACGGCUCACAACAUAGCAACAGCGAAUUCUACAUCUUAUUAGCAAGUGGAACAAUUAUGUAGAUAUUGCUUCUUAGAGCAUGCUUUGAAUAAUCAGCUGUAAGUAAUCACAGGUGAGAAUAAAUGUAUCUGUCAUUAUAAGUCUGUCUUUGCCUCAUUUCACUUGUACCAAGCCACAACAAUAAAGGUACCAAGAUCACAACUCUCUUGAUUUGUGAGGUAAGUGUCCAUUGGGGUUCUGUCCUCUUUGAUCCCUCAUCUUUUUACUACAAAGGUGUUGGGGGGCAGUGAAGUUACUGCUUGGCACCAAUUUCUUCUACUCCUAGUGGGAAAGGCUAGAACUGCAGCAGUUGGGACAUCCUUCCAUUAGCAGAUACUGUACUAAUCAUCUAGGCCAGUGGUCACCAACCAGUAGACCUUGGUGCCUCCGACAGGUGAUCCUGACUGGUUUGGCCAGGAAGCUAUUAAACACUGGCUCUUC